AUGGCGCCGGGUGCACGGCGCGGGGGCUACGAACAAAGGGUCCCCAGCGGCGGCGCGGGGACGGUCGCGCUCGGACCCUGGCCCUGGCCCGGCCCCGGCCAGGCCCCCUCCCCGGGUGCCGCGCCCCCACGGAGCCGAAAAAUGAGGCGCGCCCAGCACGGGCCGCUGCUCUGGCUCCUGUCGCUGCUGCUGCUGCUGCUGUCGCCGCAGGACGGCGUGCGCGCCGCGCAGUCCCAGGUCCCGGGCUAUCUGAUUGCUGCUCCCUCUGUCUUCCGCUCGGGAGUGGAGGAAGCCAUCAGCGUGACCAUCUUUAACUCCCCAAGGGAAGUCACAGUCCAGGCUCAGCUGGUGGCCCAGGGUGAGGCGGUGGCGCAGAGCCAGGGAGCCAUCCUGGAUAAAGGGACGAUCAAACUCAAGGUGCCCAUGGGUCUCCGGGGCCAGGCACUCCUGAAGGUGUGGGGACAUGGCCGGUGGGUGGAGGGCCCCCUCUUCCACAACCAGACCUCGGUGACCGUGGACAGCCGGGGAGCCUCUGUGUUCAUCCAGACGGACAAGCCGGUGUACAAGCCCCAGCACCGAGUGCUCAUAAGCGUCUUCACCGUCUCCCCAGACCUGAGGCCUGUCAACGAGAAGCUGGAAGCCUACGUGCUGGACCCCCGGGGCUCUCGAAUGAUGGAGUGGAGACACUUGAAGCCCCUCUGCUGCGGCAUCACCCACAUGAGCUUUCCCUUGUCUGACCAGCCUGUGUUGGGAGAAUGGUUCAUUUUUGUUGAAAUGCAAGGCCACGUCUACAACAGGUCCUUUGAAGUUCAGAAGUACGUGUUGCCUAAGUUUGAGCUCCUCAUUGACCCGCCCCGGUUCAUCCGAGACUUGGACACAUGUGAGACCGGCACCGUGCAGGCCAGGUAUACCUUUGGAAAACCAGUGUCGGGGACCUUAACAAUCAACAUGACCGUAAAUGGCGUGGGGUACUACAGCCACGAGGUGGGGCGCUCUGUCCUCAGAACCAUGAAGAUCCUUGGCUCCCAGGACUUUGACAUCUGUGUGAGGGACAUGAUCCCGGCUGACGUCCCUGAGCACUUCCGGGGCAGGGUCAGCAUCUGGGCCACAGUGACCAGCGCAGACGGGAGUCAGCAGGUCGCGUUUGAUGACUCCACCCCUGUCCAGAGGCAGCUGGUGGACAUCCGGUACUCCAGGGACAGGAGGAAGCAGUUCAAGCCGGGCCUGGCCUACGUGGGGAAAGUGGAGCUAUCUUACCCAGAUGGCAGCCCAGCUGAGGGGGUGACAGUCCAGAUUAAGGCAGAGCUGACGCCAAAGGACAACAUCUAUACCAGCGAAUCUGUGUCCCAGGGUGGUCUGGUGGGGUUUGAAAUACCCUCCAUACCUACGUCAGCCCAGCAUGUGUGGCUGGAGACCAAGGUGACGGCACUGAACGGGAAGCCCGUGGGGGCCCAGUACCUGCCCAGCUAUCUCUCCCUCGGCAGCUGGUACUCCCCCAGCCAGUGCUACCUGCAGGUGCAGCCACCCUCCCGCCCCCUGCAGGUUGGGGAGGAAGCCUAUUUCCCUGUGAAGUCCACAUGUCCCUGCAACUUCACCCUGUACUACGAGGUGGCUGCAAGGGGCAACAUCGUGCUCUCGGGCCAGCAGCCUGCCCACAUAACCCAGCAGCGGAGUAAGCGGGCAGCCUCUGCCCCGGAGAAACCAAUUCGCUUAACACACCUUUCUGAGACAGCGCCCCCUCCAGCCCCAGCAGCCGAGGUCAACGUGUGUGUGACCUCUCUCCGCCUGCCCGUGACCCCCAGCAUGGUCCCCCUCGGCCGCCUGCUGGUCUUCUAUGUCAGGGAGAACGGAGAAGGGGUCGCCGACAGCCUCCAGUUUGCAGUGAAGACCUUUUUCGAAAACCAGGUUUCAGUGACGUAUUCAGCAAAUGAGACCCAACCCGGGGAGGUCGUCCACCUGCGUGUCAGGGCUUCAAGGGGCAGCUGCGUGUGUGUCGCUGCUGUGGAUAACAGCGUCUACCUGCUCAGGUCUGGGUUUCGCCUGACUCCCGCCCAGGUUUUCCAGGAAUUGGAAAAUUAUGAUGUUUCCGAUGGCUUUGGCGUGUCCAGGGAGGAUGGGCCCUUCUGGUGGGCUGGGCUCAUGGCCCGACGACGCCGGCGUUCCUCUGUCUUCCCGUGGCCCUGGGCCGUCACCAAGGACUCUGGGUUUGCCUUUGCAGAAACAGGACUGGUUGUGAUGACUGACCGAGUAAGCCUGAACCAUCGGCAGGACGGAGGUCUGUACACCGAUGAAGCUGUCCCCGCCUUCCAGCCCCACACAGGGAGCCUGGUGGCAGCGAUGACUUCCAGGCAACCCCCCAGAGCAGAGAAGAGAAAAAGGACCUUCUUUCCUGAAACAUGGAUUUGGCAUUGUCUCAACAUCAGUGACCCGUCUGGUGAGGAGACUCUCAGCGUGCAGGUCCCUGACUCCAUCACCAGCUGGGUGGCCGAGGCUGUGGGCCUGUCCCCCUUGAGGGGCCUGGGCAUUGCCGAGCCUGUGCUGCUGAAGACUUUCAAGCCCUUCUUCAUAGACUUCACGCUGCCGCCUCUUGUUGUGCGUGGGGAACAGGUCAAGGUCCCUCUCAGUGUCUACAACUACGUGGGUGUCUGCAUCGAGGUGUACAUGAAGAUCUCGGUUCCCAAGGGCAUCCAGUUUGUCGGGCAUCCUGGCAGACACCAUCUGACCAAGAAGACAUGCGUGGCCCCUGGAGAGACUGAGCCCACGUGGGUCGUUCUGUCCUUCAGCGACUUGGGGCUCAGCAACAUCACAGCCAAAGCCCUCGCUUACGGAGACACGAGCUGCUGCCGGGAUGGGAAGUCCACCAAACACCCGGAGGAGAAUUACAUGGACAGAAGGGUCCCCGUUGGGACGGACCACGUCAGGCGCAGUGUGAAGGUCGAGCCUGAAGGAGCCCCCAGGGCGUACACCUACAGCGCUUUCUUCUGUCCCAACGAGAGAGUCCACAUCUCCACCCCAAACAAGUACGAGUUCCAGUAUGUGCAGCGUCCACCACGCCUCACCCAUUUUGACGUGGCUGUGCGAGCCCACAAUGAUGCCCACGUGGCCUUGUCCUCUGGGCCCCAGGACACAGCGGGCAUGAUUGAGAUCGUCCUUGGGGGCCACCAGAACACCAGGUCAUGGAUCUCCACCAGCAAGAUGGGCGAGCCUGUAGCCAGCGCACACACGGCCAAGAUCCUCUCCUGGGAUGAAUUCAGAACAUUCUGGAUCAGCUGGCACGGUGGGCUCAUCCAGGUUGGUCAUGGUCCAGAACCAUCCAACAAGUCUGUCAUUGUGGCUUGGACCCUCCUGAGGCCGCCAGAGGUCCAGUUCAUUGGCUUCUCCACCGGCUGGGGCUCCAUGGGCGAGUUCCGCAUCUGGAGGAAAAUGGAGGCGGACGAGAGCUACGGGGAGGCCUUCACUCUGGGGGUCCCGCACGGUGCCAUCCCUGGGUCCGAGCGGGCUGCUGCCUCCGUUAUAGGAGAUGUCAUGGGGCCCACCCUGAACCACCUCAACAAUCUCCUGCGGCUGCCCUUUGGCUGCGGAGAGCAAAAUAUGAUCCACUUUGCUCCCAACGUCUUUGUCCUGAAGUAUCUUCAGAAAACCCGGCAGCUCAGUCCCGAGGUGGAGAAGGAGACCACCGACUACCUGCUGCAAGGCUACCAGAGGCAGCUGACCUACAAGCACCAAGACGGCUCCUACAGCGCAUUCGGGGAGCGGGACGCUUCGGGGAGCAUGUGGCUCACAGCCUUUGUCUUGAAGUCCUUUGCCCAGGCUCGCAGCUUUAUCUUCAUCGACCCUCGGGAGCUGGCAGCUGCCAAGGGCUGGAUAGUCCAGCAGCAGCGGGCAGAUGGCUCCUUCCCAGCUGUGGGCAGGAUCCUGAACAAGGACAUCCAGGGUGGGAUCCACGGCACAGUCCCGCUGACAGCCUACGUGGUGGCUGCCCUGCUGGAGUCCGGCACAGCCUCAGAGGAGGAGAGGGGCGCUAUCGUCAAAGCAAGGCACUUCCUGGAGUCCAGCACACCCCUGGCAGUGGACCCCUACAGCUGUGCGCUGACCGCCUACGCGCUGACCCUGCUGCGCAGCCCGGGAGCCCCCGCGGUGCUGCGCAAGCUCCGCAGCCUGGCCAUCACGCACAGUGGGGUCACCCACUGGAGUCUGACAGGUUCUCGGGACAUGGACAAGGAUGCUUUUCUGAGCUUCGGCGAUGGGGUCUCUCAGUCAGUGGUCUCGGCUGAGGUGGAAAUGACGGCCUACGCCCUGUUGACCUACACUCUCCUGGGUGACAAGGCCGCCGCCCUGCCCAUGGUGAAGUGGCUGUCCCAGCAGCGGAACGCACUCGGGGGCUUCUCUUCCACUCAGGACACCUGUGUGGCUCUGCAGGCAUUGGCAGAAUAUGCCAUCUUGUCCUAUGCUGGUGGCAUCAACCUCACAGUCUCCCUGGCUUCUACCAACCUGGACUACCAAGAGACCUUCGAGCUGCACAGGGCCAACCAGAAGGUUCUGCAGACGGCGGUGAUCCCCAGCCUCCCCACGGGGCUGUUUGUGAGCGCCAAGGGGGAUGGGUGCUGCCUGAUGCAGAUUGACGUCACCUACAACGUGCCCGACCCGGUAGCCAAGCCGGCUUUCCAGCUGCUCGUGAGCCUCCAGGAGCCGGAGCCAGAGGGCCGCCCGCUCCCCGCGCCUGCCUCCUCGGCAGAGGGCCCCCGUGGGGACCGACGCCCAGCCGAUGAUGACGACCCAGCGGCCGACCAGCAUCACCAGGAAUAUAAGGUGACGCUGGAGGUGUGUACCAGGUGGCUGCACGCGGGGUCCUCCAACAUGGCUGUCCUCGAGGUGCCCCUCCUGUCGGGCUUCAGGGCCGAUAUCGAGAGCCUGGAGCAGCUGCUCCUUGACAAGCAUGUGGGGAUGAAGAGGUACGAAGUGGCUGGACGCAGAGUGCUCUUCUACUUUGAGGAGGUCCCCAGCCGCUGCCUGACGUGUGUGAGGUUCCAGUCGCUCCGUGAGUACGUGGUGGGCAGGACGUCGGCGCUGCCGGUCUCCGUGUACGACUACUACGAGCCUGCCUUCGAGGCCACGCGCUUCUACAACGUCAGUGCGCGCAGCCCGCUCGCCCGGGAGCUGUGCGCAGGGACCGCGUGCAACGAGGUGGAGCGCGCCCCGGCCCCGGGUCCCGGCUGGUCCCCCGGUGAGCCGGGCCCCGCGGCGGCCCCGGAGGAGGGGGCGGCGGCGACGCGCUGCGGCUGCGCCCGCGGCUGCGGCGGCCGCGGGGACCCAGCGUGCGGCUCCGACGGCGUUGUCCACGCCAGCGCCUGCCGCCUGCAGGAGGCCGCCUGCCGCCGCCGCGCACGCCUGGAGCCCGCGCCGCCGGGCCGCUGCGCCCUCGAGCAGCCGCCGCCAGCCUCCCCUUCCUACACCUACGACGAUGACCCGGUUUCCCUGGAUUCGGGGCACCCGCAGCAGGAUGUGAAGCCGAGUGCUGUGGACUUGGACCCUGAGCCUGAAGGGGAGGCCGAGGACAGGGUCACGGAUGGGCUGCAGCCUCCUGCUGGCAGCGGGAACCUGGGGAGUUGGGGGAGUGGUACUGAGGGUGCAAACCCUAUUCACAGGCAGGGAAGAACCCCAGCCCCUCGGAGACACAGCGGCUGGGUGGUGGGUCCCACGGGCCCGGGCUGA